GGCAACUCGCGUCACGUGGUCGCCGAGCAGCACCGAAUCGGCCGGGAGAGCCGAGGGAGAAUCCGGGUGGAAGCCGAGAAAUCCAGCCCCGAUAGCAGCGCCUGGGCCCGCCCCGGCCCCCGCCCCGGGGCGCUCGCCGCACGCUGGCCGGCUGCACGGGCCCCGGGAGCCGAUCUCCGGCCGGCACCCACGCCCCAUCUCAGGAUCGAACCCCGCUCCCACGGCCGCGACUCGGGGAGGAAACCUGCCCCUUCUUGCCCUGCUCCCAACUGGGAUUGCAGAGUCCCUGGAAAGUUCUAGACACUCCCUUAUCUCCAAACUGUGCCUUGGCCCCAGAGACCCCACCGAAUGAGUGGCAUGCGGCACCCCCACACCUGCCUGGUGUCCUUCGGCCCACUGUCCAGCCCUCCCAGGAGGCCCUGACGCCCUGGGGGCACUUCUGCUGUGCACAGGACCACGUUGGGGUUUGCCAUGGUGACAUAAAGGGGCGCAGAGGAAGGAAGGAGCGCAACCAGUCUGUGGACUGUGCCCCUGGCUGGGAGGAAGGGCCAGGGGCCCGGAUCCCCACUCCUGCUGCCCACCAAGGGCCUCACUUGUUAAAUCUCUGUGAAUCUGUUGGUCAGUGACAACUGUAGUGUCUCCUCCUGCGUGGGGCCUUGGGGUGGCCAGGGCAGGCCGGGCCUCUGGUGGCUGAGGUCUUGGGGGCCAGCAUGCCCGCCCUGGCGCGCCUCCGCAGGCUGUGUCGGCACGUGUCCCCACAGGCUGUCCUUUUCCUGCUGUUCAUCUUCUGCCUGUUCAGCGUUUUUGUCUCGGCCUACUACCUAUAUGGCUGGAAGCGGGACCUGGAGCCCUCGGCGGACGCCCCUGAGCCUGACUGUGGGGACCCACCCCCUGUGGCCCCCAGCCGCCUGCUGCCGCUCAAGCCCAUGCAAGCGGCCAUCCCUUCCCGCACAGACCCAUUGGUGCUGGUGUUUGUGGAGAGCCUCUACUCACAGCUGGGCCAGGAGGUGGUGGCCAUCCUCGAGUCCAGCCGCUUCAAGUACCGUACAGAGAUCGCACCAGGCAAGGGUGAUAUGCCUACGCUCACUGACAAGGGCCGUGGCCGCUUUGCCCUCAUCAUCUAUGAGAACAUCCUCAAGUACGUCAACCUGGAUGCCUGGAACCGGGAGCUGCUGGACAAGUACUGUGUGGCCUAUGGCGUGGGCAUCAUUGGCUUCUUCAAGGCCAACGAGAACAGCCUCCUGAGUGCGCAGCUCAAAGGCUUCCCCCUGUUCCUGCAUUCAAACCUGGGCCUGAAGGACUGCAGCAUCAACCCCAAGUCCCCGCUGCUCUAUGUGACCCGGCCCAGCGAGGUAGAAAAGGGCGUGCUGCCCGGCGAGGACUGGACUGUGUUCCAGUCGAACCACUCCACCUAUGAGCCGGUGCUGCUGGCCAAGACGCGCUCCUCCGAGUCCAUUCCGCACCUGGGCGUGGACACCAGCCUGCAUGCCGCGCUCCACGCCACUGUGGUCCAGGACCUGGGCCUGCACGAUGGCAUCCAGCGCGUGCUGUUUGGCAACAACCUCAACUUCUGGCUGCACAAGCUCAUCUUCGUCGAUGCUGUGGCCUUCCUUACAGGCAAGCGCCUCUCGCUGCCUUUGGAUCGUUACAUCCUGGUGGACAUCGAUGACAUUUUUGUGGGCAAGGAGGGCACACGCAUGAAGGUGGAGGACGUGAAGGCCCUGUUUGAUACACAGAACGAGCUGCGCACACACAUCCCAAACUUCACCUUCAACCUGGGCUACUCAGGGAAAUUCUUCCACACAGGUACUGAUGCUGAAGAUGCCGGGGACGACCUGCUGCUGUCAUAUGUAAAGGAGUUCUGGUGGUUUCCUCACAUGUGGAGCCACAUGCAGCCCCACCUUUUCCACAACCAGUCUGUGCUGGCCGAGCAGAUGGCCCUGAAUAAGAAGUUCGCUGUCGAGCAUGGCAUUCCCACGGACAUGGGGUACGCAGUGGCGCCCCACCACUCGGGCGUAUACCCUGUCCACGUGCAGCUGUACGAGGCCUGGAAGCAGGUGUGGGGCAUCCGUGUGACCAGCACGGAGGAGUACCCUCACUUGAAGCCGGCCCGCUACCGCCGUGGCUUCAUCCACAACGGGAUCAUGGUCCUCCCUCGGCAGACCUGUGGCCUCUUCACCCAUACCAUCUUCUACAGUGAGUACCCUGGUGGCUCCAGCGAGCUGGACAAGAUCAUCAACGGGGGUGAACUCUUCCUCACCGUGCUCCUCAACCCCAUCAGCAUCUUCAUGACACACCUGUCCAACUAUGGGAAUGACCGACUGGGCCUGUACACCUUCAAGCACCUGGUGCGCUUCCUGCACUCCUGGACCAACCUCCGGUUACAGACGCUGCCUCCCAUGCAGUUAGCACAGAAGUACUUCCAGAUCUUCUCCGAGGAGAAGGACCCUCUCUGGCAGGACCCCUGUGAGGACAAACGGCACAAAGAUAUCUGGUCUAAGGAGAAGACCUGUGACCGCUUCCCAAAGCUUCUCAUCAUUGGCCCCCAGAAAACAGGCACCACGGCCCUCUAUCUUUUCCUGGGCAUGCAUCCAGACCUCAGCAGCAACUACCCCAGCUCAGAGACCUUUGAAGAGAUCCAGUUUUUUAAUGGCCACAACUAUCACAAAGGCAUCGACUGGUACAUGGAGUUCUUCCCUAUCCCCUCCAACACCACCUCCGACUUCUACUUUGAGAAAAGUGCCAACUACUUUGAUUCAGAAGUGGCACCCCGGCGGGCAGUGGCACUGUUGCCCAAGGCCAAGGUCCUGACCAUCCUCAUCAACCCAGCAGACCGGGCCUAUUCCUGGUACCAGCACCAGCGAGCCCAUGAUGACCCAGUGGCCCUGAAGUACACCUUCCAUGAGGUGGUCACAGCUGGGCCUGAUGCAUCCUUGAAGCUGCGUGCCCUCCAGAGCCGCUGCCUGGUCCCUGGCUGGUACGCCACCCACAUCGAGCGCUGGCUCAGUGCCUUUCAUGCCAACCAGAUUCUGGUAUUGGAUGGCAAACUGCUGCGAACAGAACCUGCCAAAGUGAUGGACACAGUACAAAAAUUCCUUGGGGUGACCAAUACCAUUGACUACCACAAAACCUUGGCGUUUGACCCAAAGAAAGGAUUUUGGUGCCAACUGCUUGAAGGAGGAAAAACCAAGUGUCUGGGCAAAAGCAAGGGCCGGAAAUACCCAGAGAUGGACUCAGAUUCCCGCGCCUUCCUGAAGGACUAUUACCGGGACCACAGCAUUGAGCUUUCCAAGCUGCUGUACAAGAUGGGCCAGACGCUGCCCACCUGGCUGCGGGAGGACCUCCAGAACACCAGGUAGCCAUGGCCACCACAGCCAGAACGAAUGUUCGUGACGGCAGGGAUGUCCCCCCACACGCUGAGCCAGACUGACCUGCACAGUGGGGAGCUGGGCUCGGGCUGGCCAAGCACUUAUGAGCAAUAUUCUGCCAAGGCCCAGGCAGGGCCAGGAGAAGAGCCCAGGCUGGGCCACGAGCACCUCAGAGCAUCCACUGCGGGGUCUGUGGCCACUAGGACCUCCCUCGCCACCAGGGGUCCAUUCCGUUCACAGCCUUCAUGAAGAGGCCACUUUCUGUUGGUGGAAGGCCGCUUCCUGGGAGGGAGGGCAUUCAUGAGACUCUCCUGUCCCACGCUGUGUCCUGCCAACCACCCCAUCUCCUCCGUCCCAUCCCUCCCUGCCGCAGCAGGGUGUCACCUCAGUGUUAGCUGCCAUAUUUUCCCUGUUCUCCAGACAGUAAGGGACAGGAGCCCAGCUGGGCCUUUUGCCAGACCAGGGAGAAGGACUCGCCAUUUCCCGGAGGCCCUUCAGAGGGUCAGCGGGGUACUCAGAGGCAGGCUGGACAGGAGGGCGGCCACCCCGAGAGAACUCUGAACCUCCACACACAUUCUGGUUAAUGCCUUCACAUCUCACCUUCCGUUUUUGGAGAAAGAAGCACUGGUUCCUACAGUAUCCACCCAGUCCUCAAGGCCUCUGUCGGCCCUGGGGCCCUGCCAUGCUGUUAGGACCCAGAGACCUAGGCCGCCUGCUCCCCGUUCUUCACCCUGGGAUCACAUGUGUGGUGUCUCCUGUGGUACCAGACUGAGGCGGUUCGGGAGUCUGCCCGUAUACAUGUUCCAGUGUAUAAACCUUGUCCCCGUGCCCACCCAAUCCUGGCCCCUGGCAGCACUGGGCAGAGCUGGUAAGACCGCCAUCCACGGCCACAGCCCAGCUAGCUGUGGCCGAGGGUCCCCAGAGACCCCCUUUAACCUCCCAAAUAACUAAGAAGCUAAAGUAUUUUGAUAUUUUGUUUUUUUUCUGGUGCCAGAGUUUAUACCCUGGGUGCUGGGGUCGCACUGUGUUACAUAUAUAUAUAUAAUGUGUAUAUAUAUAUUAUAUAUUUUUUGGUUGGGUUUGUUUUUAAUUCAGUUGUAUGAAACAGUGGCAAGCCCCAUCCCCAAGAGGUGUCCUAUCUCAGUGCUAGAGAAUGAGAAGGAAGGGGGGGACAUGUCUUCUUGUGCCCCAGGAGAGGUCUCAUUCCCUCUCCAAGCGUUAUGGCUGUCCUGGCUUCCCCUGCAAGCAGAGGUGGGGAGAUGCACAGGGAAGACCUCCUCCCCCUGGAAACCUGGCUUUAUGAAGCAGUGACCCUGGGGGAAUUCAGGCCAAAAGAAACAGCUGGGCUGAGGUGGGAGACCUGCGGCCAAAGGCUGACCUCCCCUCCCCUUCACAUGGUGCUAGGUUGGGAGCUGCCCUAGGAGCUGGGGUGCCCACUGGGACCCGCAGGACUGUCCCCAGGCCCUCUGCAGACCACAGGCUCUCUGAGCUCUUCUCCGGCUGGGGCCUGCUCCUGCCCCUCUUUAACAAUGUGAUGUGAUUAAGGCCAGGGUGCCUCUCCCCACCCCUCCCAAUGCGAGUUUAGUUUCAAACUGACACUGAGGGAAUCCUUCUGGAGAAUUGUCUUGCUCGGAAGACUAACAUCUUGGGUCUGGAAGGGUCAUUCAACAAGUAAGGAAACAGGUCCAGAAAGGGAGGUGGCCUUCCUGGCCAAGGUCAGGAGCUGGUUGGGAGCAGGGCCGCUAACUGAACUUGAGGCUCUCAGUUCUGAGUCCAGUGCCACACUGCCUCUGAGCUAACCCUCAGGACCCUGCUCUGUGCCAGCCGGUCCCCUGCCCCAGUCACACCCUUGGUCAUACCAGGAUACAGGACAAACCGCCCUUUCCCAGCCAGGGCCUUUGAGCCCUCUCCACUCCAGCCCUGCGUUUGCAUCUGUCUUGCUCUACUUACCUGGGAAGGUCCCGGCCUUCGGGGCCUGGGUCUGUCUGGGCUCUGAACCAGUUCCUGUUUCUCACGUUCUCCACUGGGAUGGAGCAGAGCUGGAUACUGAACAUGACCAGCUGCAUAUGGCUCAUUGGCUCCUGGGAGAAACGUUGCCGUCGCACUUCUCACUGUGGCCUUGGAGCCUAGGAUCUCAGGGCCUUGCCUGCACCCCAGGGGACGAGGAGCAGUGUCUGAGGACAGGGUGGCACACCUGCUUGUAUGCCCAUUGCCUGUGCUGUGGAACCAGAAUCCCAAAUGGGGCAGUGCCUUCCAUAGUACGAAUCCCGGGCCUUGCCUCCCAUCUUCCAGUGGUGGCCUCAGGCCCCAUGCCCUGUGAGGACCUUACAGCCCACCUUCUGACAUCUACCCUCUGGGCCUGGAUGCCGUCUCUUGAAGCUAGGAAUGCCUGGUGGGAAGGCAGCUCUACUUCUUUCUGCCUCUGGCCUGAGGAAGGAGCAGGCAGGUGUGAAAACUUGAGGGAGCAGAGGACAUAUUGGGAACUUUUGCCCAGGCCCUUCUGGGAGUUCACGUGGGGACUUGACCUACUGCUACUUCCCUUUCCGUUAGUGAAUUUUUCUUGAGUCCCCACUGCCAGGGCCUGUAGCCAUUGGAGAGGGGAAGACUCAGUAACUGAGCACACAGACCCACGUCAUGAGAAAACCAGAGGUCUGUGGGUGCGGCAGCAUGGGCGUCUGUGGCGUUCUCUAAUUCGCUGUAAGCAUUUGGCUGAAAGAAAGAAGAGAGGGAAAUAGCUUAAAUCGUGUAGAUGACUCCAUCAUCCAUCCUGCCCGCCCCGCCACAAGCCUUUGCCCCAAGGUGGGUGCAGGUGGGAUGUGUCGCCUGCGGCCGCCUCGCUCACUGGGAGCUCUAGCACUGUCCCUGGGGCAGGCAUCUUGGUUUGGAGGACAUGUCUCCAGUUUAGAGGCGGGCUGCUUCUGAGCCCCUAAGUAAGAGCAGCCAGUGCCUCUGGGCCCAGCUGAAGAAGCAGUGGUCUGUUUCAAGAAGAGGAAAACUGCUAGGCUGACCCACAGAGGUUGGUGGUUCCAAUGUGGAGCUGACCCCACAGGUUUGUUAGUGGACAGAGCAAGUAAACAAAUGUUUUCCCAGAAUUUUUAUUAUGAAUACCCACUACCCACCAGGUCGGUUUAAAAUGAACCAUUUUGCCACAUUUGUUUCUCUAUGUAUUUUUUUUCUGAGCUAGUAUAAAAGUAAGUUGCAAAUAUGAGACUUUGCCCCAGUGUGCUUCAGCCUGCAUCUCCUGAGAGGUAGGACAUUCUCCUACGUACUGGCCGUGUCACACUCAAGACAACAAUAAUUUCUUAACAACAUCUGCUGUCCAAUCUGUAUUCAGAUUUCCCCCAGUAACUUAAACCUGGGUUUGGAAUCAAGAUCCAAUCAAGGUGCACACGUUACCUCUUUUAACUAUGUUUCUAAAAAAAUCUCUUUGAAUGCUGACUAGUGCCCUCUCUGCUCACUUUGAUUCUUUAAGUGACAUUUUUUUCUGAGGCUAGCAGGCCUGCUGUCUUGUAGAAGUCCCACAUUCUGGAUUUGUGUGGUGGUUUUUUCAUGGUGUCAUAGAAAAGUUCCUCCAGCCCCUGUAUUGUCAAGGUAACUUAAGCUAUGUGGGUUUUUGCCGUUUUUGCUGACUUGAUUACUUCACUCCAGCCAAAGAUGUCCUUCUACCGUCCCCUGUACCAAGUGCCAAACCAGCAGAGGGGCCGGCUGGAGCUUCGGGAGCUCCAGGGAGGGCCUGGGAGGGCCUGGGGUCACUCUAGAAAGAGGAGGCUGGCUCAAGCAGUGCUGUUGGUGGGAACGAGCCAUCUCUCCAAAGAGCCUGUGCUACUGCCUUUGAUCCUGAUGAUGGCCCACAGGGCGUCAAAGAGUCCUCUCUCUUUCUCUCCUGUGGGCUCCAGGUUCUCACUUCCUGGAGUCUUGUGGGCAAUGUGCAGGGGAACAGAGCCAGGCCCCUGGGGUGCACCAGAGAAGGACCUAGCUGCGGAACUGCCUCCCCCGCGCUGUGGUGGGAGGCCAAGAGCACUGGGCUGGAGGCAGGAACGUGAAAUGUGGUUUCAACUGGGUGCAUUUAGUAGCUCCCUGACAGUAUCCCCCCCAGGGCCUCAGUUUCCCCCAUUUAUAGAAGCUGACGAGGCUACAGCAGGGGUUUUCAGCCGUCAAAAAAGGAAGCGGGUCUAAUCUAGUUGAAGUAAGGAUGGAGGGCCCGGGCCCCUCCCUGCCUUGAGGCGAGCUGGGUUCUCCGUGGACUGACCCUGGGCUGGCAGCCCCCUGGGGCUUGCCCUCACCAGCUCAGAGAGCCAGAGGUUUGCAGCCCCCCCCCCCCCCCAUGAGGGAUGGGCCUGGGCUUUGUACGGGUCAGUGUCAAGGUCCUGGGGGAGAUCCUGGCUGUGUUUUGUCCUAGUAAGUUCAUCCCUCCUCCGUCCUUUCUCUGGCCCUCAAGGAGAAGGAGGGAGAAAGGGUUUUCUAUGACUGUAGCUGUUAGUAUCAGCAAGAGGGCUCCUUUUGUAAUUUGUGCAUGAAAUUCAUGUCAUUUCCUGGGGAGAGGAGGGGGCUGAUGGGAGAGGGUUGGGGCACAUUAGGGGAGCAGGCGGAGAUUUCCCUCCCUUGGGGUGGGGAGAGGGGAUGCUACCCAGCUCACCAGAUCAGGGCUCUCUCGAACCAGCCAUUUUGGGUUGUGUUAAAAGUGGAAACCUUCCUCCGUUAAAUGUACAAUCUCGAACUAACUGCUAAUAAAGUGGGGUUCUGUUUGUA